AUGGAAGGAUCUUCUUCUGCAGAUCUUCAUCGUCAUGAAUCAGAUAUAGAGCUCAUUGCUCCUGAAAACAUCACAAAGUUAAGUGUUGCUGAGCCUAAAGCUGGCACCUAUGUUGACCAUAACAAAAAAGAAGAAGAAGAAGAAGUAGCAGACUAUGUUGAGGUGACCAUGGAUAUUCAAGGCGGUUCUGUUGCCUUACACAGUAUGAAAACGAUAACAGAAAGUGAGAUGGGAGAGAGUGAUCGCGAGAAACUGUGUUUGACUGGGAAGAGGUUGGUGAAGAAGAAAUCUUUUGGUGCUUCAGUGGUUCAGAAUGCUACUAUUCGUAUAAAGCAGCUGAAGCGUUUGACAUCAUUUGCAAAGCCAGAACCAGCAAAACGAUUGGAAAGAACCAAGUCUGCAGUCGCUCAUGCUCUCACUGGACUCAAGUUUAUCAGCACCACCGAUGUUAGUGCAGGAUGGUCUAAAGUUGAGAAAGAGUUUGAGAAGCUUACUGCUACCACGGAUGGAUAUCUUCCUCGCGCUCUCUUUGCAAAAUGCAUAGGAUUGAAUGCGGAGUCUGAAGCGUAUGCGGAGAAGCUUUUUGAUACUCUUGCUCGGCAGAGAGGUAUUCAAGGGGGUUCGAUUAACAAGAUCCAGCUUAGGGAGUUCUGGGACUGUAUUUCUGACCAGAGCUUUGAUACUAGGCUCAAAACAUUCUUUGACAUGGUUGACAAAGAUGCAGAUGGAAGAAUCACUGAGGAGGAGAUAAAAGAUAUUAUAUGUCUGAGCGCCACUGCCAACAAACUGUCAAACAUUCAGAAACAAGCGGAGGAAUACGCGGCUUUGAUCAUGGAAGAACUUGACCCGGAUGACACAGGAUAUAUUUUGAUAGGAAAUCUGGAGACUCUCUUGUUGCAUGCACCUGAAGAAAAUACAAGGGGAGAAAGUAAGUACUUGAGCCAAAUGCUAAGCCAAAAGCUUACGCCUAUGUUUGAGGAAAAUCCUAUUAAGAGGUGGUAUAGAGAUACAAAGUACUUCUUCCAGGAUAACUGGCGAAGAUCUUGGGUGUUUGCGCUGUGGAUUGGUGUGAUGUUAGGUCUUUUUGCCUAUAAAUUUGUGCAAUAUAGAAGAAGAGCUGCAUAUGAAGUGAUGGGGCAUUGUGUGUGCAUGGCAAAAGGUGCUGCUGAAACACUUAAGUUGAACAUGGCUAUUAUCUUAUUGCCUGUUUGCCGAAACACCAUCACUUGGCUCAGGAAUAAGACCAAGCUAGGCACUUUUGUUCCCUUUGACGACGGCCUCAACUUUCACAAGAUGAUAGCUGUGGCAAUAUCGCUUGGUGUUGGGAUUCAUGCUAUUUAUCAUCUUGUUUGUGAUUUUCCUCGCCUUCUUCACGCAAGCAAUGAAAAGUACAAGCUGAUGGAGCCUUUUUUCGGACGUAAACCAUCGAAUUACUGGUAUUUUGUCAAAUCAUGGGAAGGAGUAACAGGGAUCCUAAUGGUUGUGCUAAUGGCAAUAUCCUUUACACUGGCCAAUACUAGGUUCAGGAGGAACCGCACCAAACUACCUAAACCGUUUAACAAACUCACAGGUUUCAAUGCCUUUUGGUAUUCUCAUCACCUCUUCAUCAUUGUCUAUGCCCUCUUGAUUAUCCACGGGACCAAACUUUACCUAACUAACGAAUGGUACAAGAAAACGACUUGGAUGUAUCUUGCUAUUCCCGUCACCAUUUAUGCAUUGGAAAGGCUUACUAGAGCACUUAGAUCGAGCAUCAAGUCGGUGAAAAUAUUGAAGGUUGCUGUUUAUCCUGGAAAUGUGCUGGCGAUUAAUAUGUCAAAGCCUCAAGGGUUUAGCUAUAAGAGUGGACAAUACAUGCUUGUCAAUUGUGCUGCUGUGUCUCCACUAGAAUGGCAUCCAUUUUCUAUAACUUCUGCUCCUAAUGAUGAUUACCUUAGCGUUCACAUUAAAAUACUUGGUGAUUGGACUCGAGGUUUGAAAGACAAAUUCUCAGAGGCGUGCCAGCCAGCCAACAAUGGACAGAGUGGACUUCUAAGAGGAGAAUGUUUGAAGGGAGAUAACAGCCCAAUCACUUUCCCUAAAGUUUUGAUUGAUGGUCCGUAUGGAGCACCAGCACAAGACUACAGGGAGUAUGAGGUGGUUUUACUUGUGGGGCUAGGAAUAGGAGCUACCCCAAUGAUAAGUAUUCUAAAGGACAUGGUCAAUAAUUUCAAAGCCAUGGAAGACGAAGAUGGGUUUGCAAUGGAGGAAGGAUCACCCGUGACAAACAAUCAUAAAGACACUCGGUUCAGUGACUUCAAGACAAGAAGGGCAUACUUCUAUUGGGUGACAAGAGAUCAAGGUUCCUUUGAUUGGUUUAAAGAGGUGAUGAAUGAUGUAGCUGAGGAGGACAGAGGGGGGUUGAUUGAGCUACACAGCUACUGCACCAGCGUCUACGAGCAGGGUGAUGCUCGCUCUGCUCUUAUUGCUAUGGUGCAGUCUAUAAGCCAUGCAAAAAAUGGUGUGGACGUUGUGUCCGGCACUCGCGUCAAGUCUCACUUUGCCAAACCCAAUUGGCGAUCUGUUUACAAACGCAUUGCACUUAAUCAUCCAGAAGCACGAGUUGGGGUGUUUUACUGUGGGCCAUCCACCCUGACGGACCAGCUUCGCCAGCUAUCAUUGGAUUUCUCUCACAAUACAUCCACCAAAUACGACUUUCAUAAAGAAAAUUUCUGA